AUGUACCCACUCUUCGCCCUCGACGACCGCAACGAUCCGGAUGACUACUACACGAUCAUCCCCAACCAUUCCGCACUGCUUUGCGAUAAAAUCCACUCCAAAGGGCCGUGCCAGGGUUUAGCCACUAUCCCCAGCGAGCUCCGCCUGAAGAUUUUCGACUACCUUCCCGAAGAGGUCGACGCUUUCGGCGGCCACGAUCCAAACAACCUCUGGUGUCGUGAGCUCCAAACCGUCCGACCUCCGGUACUCGUCCGCGUCAGUCGGGUGCUGCGCAAUGAGUACUUGCAACUCUUCUUCGCCACAACGACCUUCCGCAUGAACGCGGAUGUCGACUGUGUCAUCAACAACGUGUUCACAGAAGACGACCCGAACGGCCCACGGAACCCCUUCGCCUUCGCCGCUCCGCUCAACUAUGUCGCGGGAGGACAUCAGUCCACGCCGAGCGAAAAGGUCGCCAGAGCGUGGCUGUCCAGCAUCGGCGGCGCCUUCAGCAACGAGCGCGAGCUGGUCAUGUUUCGCCACAUCAUCUACAACCCGAUCACCAAGCACGGCGUCCCGCUCGGAUUCACGCUGGAAGUCCACUUCCGUCGUCGCGCGUACCAGAUCGACGUCUACCGGAACGAAGGUUGGGUCGACGUCUACGACAUGGUGGCUCGUGGCGGGCUGAAGGCCCUUUUCGCCCCGGACAAGAUCGUGGAGAUCCUCGAGGAGGCGUGCAGACGCAGUCGCGACGAGGUGCUGGACUGGGACAUGGUGACCAAGCUCGAGGACACGUUCGGCCGGCACGAUGGCUACGACGCGGAUUGGUUUGGGCGGAGCUGUCCUACCUUUGAGGCGGCGAGGGCGGCGGGGAUGGAGACGGCGGAGAUGUUGCCAGAGGAGUGGUGGGAUGCGCUGAGGGCGGAGGAUCGGCACUGUUUCUCCAAGGAGGUGCCAUUGCUGGAUGAGGGUGCUUCGUUUUCUGGGGUUAGGGACUUGAAGAAGAAGGAAGCAGGCGAGAAUUCGGAUGGGGAUGAGGGGUCUUACGAUGGUGAUAGGGUGCCAUACCGCCUGAGAGAGACUCAGGGUUGA